CGCUGGUUGUUAUCUCUGCGUUCAACCUCAGGGCAAGGGUUAUCGCUGCCACCACCACUCCCCGCCAGUAGCAAGCCGAUACCAGCAAACUCAAUAUCGCACCGCAGUUCCAAUUUCAAAUAAUACUGGCCGGUUCAUGCAGCGACAAAAAAAAACAUUUUGACGUUUAAGUUUUUAUUUUUGGCGCGUUCUGUUAAAAAAGUUUGAAUAAACUCUUUGGUGUGCACGGAUUUGAAAGUGAAGAAGUUUGUUGGAGCAACAGUUCAAGAUUUGAUCACGACAGGUGGAAAUGCAAAGCGGGAAAGUGUUAUUGUGUCUAGUUUUAUUUGCUGCGGCAGCGUGUCUCCAGUCGGACGGGGCCACCCUCCCGCUACUGCUGAGCCGUCAGAACACGAUUCACGACGUGGAGCAAGGCCCGGAGUCGGCGGUCCCGGCCGAGCUGAUGCGGGCCGUGCGCGAGGGCGUCCCACCGCCGCUGUGUGCCGGCCGCUGUGGGGCGCCCCCCGCCGGCCCGGUGUGCGCGUUCGAUGCGCUCGGCACGGCCAGGACGUUUGCUACGCUUUGUGAGCUGGAGGCGGUGUCGUGUCGCGAGAGCACUUAUUACGCGAUAACGAGUCUCGGGGAGUGCUGAUAGGAACCUCCGACCACCACGCGGGCUGUGAGGAUGCAGAAUAAUGACUCGCAGUUGCCACAAACUGAGUCAAUGUUCUGAGGUGCAAGUUGAUACGCCUGCUGCGCGUAUGAGAAUGAAGGACCAAUAUUGUAAUACUUUACUUUAGUGUAACUUAAUUAAGGUUUAAUUUACCUAAGGGUUCUAAAGUA